AUGUCAGGCACGGGCACCCCACCCCCACCCUCAAGCUAUCAUAUGCACCACACUCAACAGUACAGUCGGGAUUUGUCCGGAAGCACGAGUACCAUGCCUUUGAUAGCUAACCCGGCUUCAUCCUCCUCCUUAUCCUCCCCAUCGCCUCCCUCUUCCCCUCCGCUCACCGCCGCAUACCGCCCGACUCCCACCCGCUUUUCCACCGACACGACGCUGACUAACCCCGUCGCUACGCCAAUAACCACCCCGGGCCCGCUCAGCUGGGUCGCACCAGAAGAUUUCGAUGCGCUAGAAGCGCCCAUCCGCCCAUUCAGUGACUCCCACCAUGCACGGGCCCGCACUCCGUCAUCCCUCUCCUUCGCCGAAGCCGUGACCGGUCGACAUUCCCGCGCCCCAUCCGCUCUCGAUGCUGGCGACCGCAUGUCGCUCUCCAUAAACUACGUCCCCAACAAAUUUUCCGACGUGCUUAUAAGUGGCGCCCGCCGACGGCGGCGUGGACCGAAUCGGGAAGGGCGGAUCAAGGAACCGGUGAUGGCGCGAGGCGGCGGGGUGGAUGCCUUUCGUCGGGGAGAGGCGCGUGUCGCGGAUGACCGGGAUGAUCUUCGCCCGCCAGAAGGUCGGCGUGGCUGGCUGGACAGAUCGGACCCCGAGAGUCGCUGGACGCGGUUCAAAUGGGUGUUGUUUGUGUUUAAUGCGGUGUACACAUUACUUGCCAUGGGCGCGCUGUUAGUGUGCAUACUGGUGUGGCUGGACAUCUUCGAUCGCGCGGAUGUGUUACGGGUCGCUAACCAUACUCCGCUCGUGUUCUCCACUCUGGCGGCGGCGGUCGCAUUGCUCACGUCUGUCUUUGGCUGGGCUGGCGUUAUGCUGAACAACCGCUCCUUCCUCGCCAUCUACAACGUCCUCCUCUGGCUCUCCUUCGCGCUCCUCCUUGUUCCGGGCUACCUCACCUACAAGUUCUCUGCCUUGAACCUCGAAGGCAAGCUCAACUUCCAGUGGUCCGAGUCGUUCGACAUCACGGCGCGGCGGCGCGUGCAAAACGCGCUGCACUGCUGCGGCUACUUCUCGCCGUUUGUCGAGGCGAGCAUCAGCAGCACGUGCUAUGCGCGGUCGCUCCUCCCCGGGUGCAAGGCGCCGUACUUCCGGUUCGAGCGGCACGCGCUGCGGAGCUGGUACAUCGCCGUCUUCACGAGCGCAGGGUUCACCGUGCUGACGAUCGUGGCGGGGCUGCUGUGCAGCAACCACGUCACGUACCGGUUUGGCAAGGGCAUGAUGCCGAAGGCGUAUCGGCUGGACGACACGGCGAUGGGCGUCAUCAUGGACGCGUAUGCCGCUCAGCUUGCGGACGAAUAUGGUGUCGACGCGGCGGCACGUGCGCUUGCACAGGUUCCCGCGUACGCGUCGCGGCCCCACUCGCGCGCAGCAUCGACGGUUGACCUGGCCGAUGUGCCCAUGCGGGAGAUGUCCGCAGCCGCCUCGGCCUCGGCCUCGACCCCGACACUGGCGCUGUCUGCUGCUAGUGGCAGUGUACGGGGCACGGCACGGUACGGGACAAUCGCAGGGACCGUCCCCGAGACCGCCAUUUGA